GCGGAGCCGCGGAGCUUACCUUGGGAAGAUGUGGAAAUGGAUGUUCCUUACAGCUGAUACUAAGAGGAUCUUUGCAAGAUGAGAUCGUAGAUGAUUCCAAAAUGAUCCUGAAUGUGCCAUUUGUCGAUACUAGUAUAGAAAGAGUGGAUGAGCUCCGUAUUGUGUCGAACGAAAUGGUUCAACUCAUUGAGACAGCUUCAGUCCCCGUCUUGGCUGUUGGUGCCUCAG